AUGGCUGAAGAUAUUGGAAUGGAGGCGGCUGGUGGAAUGGAGAGCGAAACGGUGUUAUCGGGUCCCAUGUUGCUGACGAAUGUGCCAACGCCGGUGCAGAAUAUUUACGGAAGAUUGACUCGGUAUAUAACUGAGACUUGUGGGUUGAGUAUUAGGUAUGUCAGAGAGAGCACUGGUCAAUUGCGGAAUGAGAUUCGGGAUUGUUUGAUGAACAAUGAUUCUCCACGAAUGCGGCCAAAUGCGUGGCCCAUAAGCAGCUCCACCGGACAUAUGUCGGCCGGGGAAACCGAGAGGAAAAACAGUUGUCCGGCAGUUGGCGUGACGUCUCACUUUGUGAAAUUCAAGUUUACUAAUUUGGAAGUGGACGAUAAGGUGGCGGAGAUAGAGCAGAUAGUCUCAGAUGUCUUUGACGACGAUUACGGCCUCUGUAAAAUCAUCGGUUUGGAUGUGUUGGAUGAGGCAACGGGCGCCAAGAGGAUGGUACCCAUAUGGGGUUUGGGGCUCUGCGCGGCGGAGACCGAUAGAUUUCAGGACCGUGAAAUCAAAUUUAUUUUCAUGGAUCCGAGGAUAGACUGCGAGGAGCUCGAACUGGUGUGUCUGCUUCACUCCGCGGUCGAAGCUGGGUGGUGGUGUCCUAAUGUGAAUGUCCCUCCGAGCUCCGACGAUAAUAAAAGGCUUAUCUCAUGUAUGGUUGAUGAUAACUUGACGUAUUGCCCAGCCACUACAAUCCAACUUAUACAACGGAUCGCUCUUUUCGAACAACAUUUCGAGGAAUCCAACAGCCGACCACAUAAUCCUGUUGGCUGCUCGUGCAUAAGACUAAAAUCAUACAAGAAGUCUUUCAUGCUCAAGAAAGUCUCCACCAUCAAACAUCUACUCAUACAGAAGACUAUCAACGACUGUACCGAACUACAUACAUGGCUGGAUCAAGUUCUACAAAAAUCUAACCCAUAUAUGACCAUCUUCUCUGAGCUCACGCGUGAGCUGCUAAACCAAUCCUCCGCACCCCGAAAAACCACUUAG